AUGAAACGAUUAAUUGUGUUACUCUUAUCCUCAAUAUCAAUACAAACUGAAGCCUAUCCCCAACCAAGGAUCCAAGUUUAUGAAAUAAGAAAAUCAAAUGAAAAUCGUGAUGUCGAUACCCACUACUAUGACCUAGAUGGUUCAACAAAAGAUGAUUUUAUGGAAAAUAUUGCCAAAAUUCAUAAAAAAAUUAAUUUAAAAAGCCUUAAUAAAUUAAUAAAGCUACUGUCCGCUAAUGAAGAUGUUAAACCUGUGAAUAAACUAAAAACUUUUUCCAAUAGAAUUUAUUCAAAGGAUAGAAAUGAAUUUAAAAAAAUCGAUAGUGAUCUAGAUCGCUUGAGUCGAGCUGACAUUGUAAGUUUUGAUGAUAAAGAAUCCAGAUCGGAAGACCUUAGUAAAUUGAUCCAGUACCUAACAAGAACUGAUGAAGAUAGGAUGAGUGACAAUUCCGAAUUUGAAGAUCUCACCCGAAGUUCACCUCUAGUUAUUGUAUCAGUAGAUGAGCAACCACAGGACGUAACCGCACUGGGAAAGCUACUACGCUCACCGCUACGAACUCAAUAUUAUGAAGACAGAACAGCGCCACCACCAAACGCACGGCCUUACGACAUCGACUUCUGA